UGCCGAUUUCAAUUGAGUAGUGUACCUUAGCUGUGCUGUCGCAGACACAUCGAAUUUUUCGUCGGACUAUAGUAGUGUGUUAUGUAGUACGAUUCGGUAAGGUUUACGCGCCAAACUUAUUUGAAUUUGUAAUUUCGUUGCAAACUAGAGUGAACUUCGUAGUGGUUAAUGUGUAUUUAUUAAAUCAGACGCAAAGCGGCGACGGUCACACGCGUUCAAGUGCAAGUUGUGAAUUGUUAAAAGCGAAAGUUAAAUAAAUUACCGACGACAGUACUUUUGCAAAUUCUACAAUCAGUGGAAAUUUUUUGUUGGAUUAAUUUGCUUUGAUAAACUGAAAAUGAAGGUCAGCACUUUGGAUAAAAUAUGCAGCUUUCUAGCCGAGCUCAUUGGCACUGCACUGCUGGUCUUCCUUGGCUGCAUGGGUUGCGUGAAGAAUGAUUCCUACGAAAAUAAUCACUUUCAAAUGACAUUUAAUUUUGGUUUGGUUGUCAUGAUUAUUAUUCAAUGUUUUGGUUGCGUCUCUGGUGCCCAUCUAAAUCCAGCUGUGACACUUGCAGCUUACAUUUAUAACAUGACAUCGCUGGCAAUGGCUGGCGUAUAUUUCGUGGCGCAAAUGUUGGGUGGUUUUAUUGGCUAUGGAUUGUUGAAGGCGCUCAUUCCAAUCAAUGCUGUAACGCUGAAUGGUCCUCAUAAUCUCUGUGUUACCACUGUGCACGCGGAAAUAUCCGCAUGGCAAGGAUGUGCAAUUGAAUUCAUCAUCACCGGUGUAUUGAUAUUCACUUGCUGUGGCGUAUGGGAUCCACGCAAUUCCAAAUUCCAUGACUCUGUGCCGAUUCGUUUUGGUUUAGCCAUCUCGUGUCUGGCCAUCACAGCGGGUCAAUUCACCGGUGCUAGUAUGAAUCCAGCUCGAUCCUUUGCGCCAUCUUUGUGGAAUUCUGACUUCCAGGACCAAUGGAUCUAUUGGGUUGGCCCAUUAGCAAGCGCUGCGGUGUGUUCCAUAGUGUAUAAGACGAUUUUCAGACGCGAAGUUGUUGAGGAGAAAGUGAACAAUAAGCUGCGUGCAAUGGAAGAAGUACCGCUCUCAUAAGCCAACCAUGUGAAUUGAAAUACCAAAGAACGAUUAAAACAAGCAAAUCGACAUUCUCAAAGAUGUUGCCGGAAAAUACGAACUUCUUGAGCGUUUGAUAUUCUAUUUAUUUUUUAUUAUGUUUUAUACUUAAGAAGAGCAUUUAUGAAGUCUACCAAGCAGACUCUAUUUUUUUAUAAUCAUUUAUGCUAAUGAUU